AUGAGGCAGUCAUUGUUUGUUAGUAUCUUACACGAUAUUCAACAAGUGAAUGAAUACUUCAUCCAAACCCGUGAUGCCACUGGUGCUCCUGGAUUAUCCGGUGUACAGGAUAUGACUGCAGCACUUCGGAUCCUCCAAUACGGCGUGCCUGCUGAUGCUGUAGACGAGUACAUUAGAAUCAGCGAAAGUACUGCAAUUGCCGCCUUAAAUUUUUUUACCAGAUCAAUUGUUGCUACCUAUGAAGCCGUUUACUUAAUAUCUCCAAAUGAAGCAGAUGUCGCCAGAUUAUUGCAAGAGGGAGAGCAACGCGGGUUUCCUGGAAUGUUAGGAAGUUUGGAUUGUAUGCACUGGCGUUGGGAUAAAUGUCCAAAUGCAGUUGUCUCCUACGACUUGUGGAUUUGGCAUGCUUUCUUUGUCAUGCCUGGCUCUCUGAAUGAUAUUACUGUUCUUGAUAGGUCGCCUUUAUUUGAUAAAUUAACUAGAGAACGUGCCCCUGUUGCCAACUACACCAUCAAUAAUCACGCAUACACCAUGGGGUAUUAUCUUGCUGAUGGUAUCUAUCCUCGUUGGGCAACGAUUGUGAAAACAAUAUCUCAACCUCAAGGCGCAAAGAGACAACUAUUGGCGAGGAUACAGGAGGCAUGUCGGAAAGAUGUCGAAAGGGCAUUUGGAGUACUCCAAGCACGAUUUAAUAUUGUCAGCGUGCCAGCUAGAGGUUGGAGUGAUGAGGAUCUGUACUACAUCAUGAAGACGUGCAUUAUUUUGCACAACAUGAUCAUUGAAGACGAGCGUGAUAUUCCAGAAAAUGAACGCAGUGUAGCACAACUUGAGACUGAUACCAGUAAUUUGGGCUGUCAAAUGUCACGCGAUCCGAAUGAGGAAUAUGCUCAAUUUAUGUUGAAUCGACAAAGGAUUAGAUCUGUUGAAGCCCAUAAUGUAAUUCGUAAUGAUCUAAUUGAACACUUGUGGUCCCGAGCUGGAGAGUUAGAUUAA